AUGGAUCCACUUAGCAUUUCCGCUAGCAUUACUGCAUUACUCCAACUCGCCUCAACAGUCAUACAAUACCUGAACGGCGUCAAAGGCGCUCCCGAAGAUCGUCAAAGAAUCCUCUCUGAACUAGCCAGUGUCACCGGAGUUCUUUUCAUACUCGAGGACCAGGCGGAUAAAGCGAAGCAGGGUGAUCAGUGGUCUUCAACAUUACAAUCACUCAACGUGCCAGAAGGACCACUGGACCAGUUGCGAAGAGCACUCGAGCGCUUGUCCUCUAAGCUUGCCCCGUCAGCUACAGGGUUGAAAAAAUUUGGCAAGGCUAUCAUUUGGCCGUUCCAGAAAGAAGAGAUCAGGGAGAUUUUGGGUAGCAUUGAGCGACAAAAAGCGCUGUUCAAUUUGGCCCGGCAAAAUGAUCAUAUACGACUCUCCAAAGCCAUCAAAGAAGAUGUGGCAACCAUGCGUGAGGAAGUCGCAGAGAUUGCCAAAGGAGUCAGUACAAUAAAGAUGAGCCAGAUAACAUACUUACGAGACAUAGCCAGUGAGCAUCUGAGGAGCAUCGAAUGGCUUGACGCGCCAGAUCCAUCAACGAACUACAACAGAGCGUUGAAAACACGCAACCCAAAAACAGGCUCAUGGUUCAUCAAGAGCAAGGAAUUUGCUAAUUGGAACACCGCACGGGGGUCGUUCAUUUGGCUGCACGGGAUCCCUGGCUGCGGCAAAACCAUUCUCAGCUCUACGAUACUUCAAGAUGUGCUCGAGAGGCAACAUUCAGAGCCCAACUCGGCCGUGCUAUUCUUCUAUUUCGACUUCAACGAUGCCGAAAAACAGCGACAUGAGAAGAUGAUACGCUCAUUGAUCUGCCAGCUUUCCAGGUACUGUGGAGAUCCGAUCCUCCAGAAUCUGUACUCGUCAUGUUUGAGUGGCAGGUCGCAGCCGACUGAGGAAGUACUAUUAAACACAUUGCGUCAAAUGAUGACCUCUCUGGGAGACACAUACAUCAUCCUUGAUGCUCUCGACGAGUGUGCAGAACGUGACGAGCUUCUCCCAAACCUUGAAAAAAUUGUAUCAUGGGAAGGUGCGAAUGUGCAUUUGUUGACUACCAGUCGAAGGGAAAAAGACAUCGAGGAGGCUUUGACACCAAUGAGCGAUACACGGAAUCGGAUCAGCAUUCAGAGCGCACUUGUCAAUGCUGACAUUCGCACCUAUAUACGCGACCGGCUUCAGAUCGAUCCAAGACUUAAAAGGUGGCUGAAACGUCCUGAAGUGCAGCGGGAAAUUGAGGAUACGCUUAUGAAGAAAGCAGAUGGAAUGUUUCGAUGGGCAGCAUGCCAGCUCGAUUCAUUAGGAAACUGUUUUCAUCUCCCUCACCUCCGCCAAGCUCUGGUGUCUCUUCCAAAGACUUUGGACGACACGUACGCGCGCAUACUCUGCAACAUUGACAAAGACUAUAAUCACUACAAUCGGUACAUUCUAAAGAUACUGCAAUGGUUGACCUUUUCUGCUCGGCCAUUGCAGCUCGAAGAAAUCGCAGAGAUCGUUGCUAUCGAUGUUGACGAGACUCCUCGCUUUGAUCCGCUACGACGAUUACCCGAACCACGAGACAUACUAACGAUAUGUUCGAGUCUCAUCACGCUGACAAAGCAUUCCAACAACGAAGAAAGCGGCGGUGAGCUCAGUGAGAACCCUCAGGACCCGGAUCCCAACAGUGUGGCCGAAGUUUCUGACCCAGAAAACUCUACAACCUACGUCAGACUGGCGCACUUCUCCGUCAAAGAGUAUCUAGUCUCAGACAGAAUCCAGCACGGAACGGCUCCGCAUUACAGGAUCCGAGAGAUAGAGUCCCAUGGGGUUUUAGCAGAAGAUUGUCUUGCAUACCUCCUGCAAUUUGAUGAGCCAGGUUCUUUGACGGAUGAGACUCUUGAACUAUCUCCACUUGCUGGGUAUGCGGCAAAGUUUUGGCCUCACCAUGCAAGAUUGGCUGAGAAAGCCUCAACCAAAAGCACCACUCUCUUGAGCACGGAACUUUUGAUGUCAGAUAGAGAAGGCUUUUUGAAUUGGAUCCGGAUUUGCGAUCCUGACGUCUAUAAUCAUCAUUAUCGGAAGAACCUGAGCCGCAGAUUGGAUGACCUAGCCCCUCCACUAUACUAUGCAUCGCUGGCUGGGUUGUUCGAGUCAGGAAGAAUGCUGAUUGAGGGGGGCAUGGAUGUCAAUGCGACGGGCGGAGAGGAUGGCAAUGCACUUCAAGCAGCGUGCCUCCGAGGACACAUUGACGUCGUAGGCCUCCUACUUGACAACGGAGCUAAUGUCAAUGCUCAGGGUGGAUUUUAUGGCAAUGCACUUCAAGCAGCGUCAUAUUUGGGAUAUAUUGACGUUGUACACGUUCUGCUUGAUAAUGGAGCUAAUAUCAAUGCUCAAGGUGGAUACUAUGGCAAUGCUCUUCAAGCAGCGUCAGUCUCGGGACAUAUUGACGUCGUAGGCCUCCUACUUGAUAACGGAGCUAAUGUCAAUGCUCAGGGUGGAGAUUUUGGUAAUGCACUUAUUGCAGCGUCAUGUUGUGGAGCUUAUGGUAAUGCACAAAUUGCAAGGUCAUAUCCGGGAUAUAUUGACGUUUUACGCGUUCUGCUUGAUAACGGAGCUAAUGUUAAUGCUCAGGGUGGAACUCAUGGCAAUGCACUUCAAGCAGCGUCAGGCAUGGGACGUAUUGACGUUGUAUACGUCCUGCUUGAUAACGGAGCUGAUAUCAAUGCUCAGGGUGGAAAUCAUGGCAAUGCACUUUGUGCAGCAUGUGCCGCUGGAAAGAAAAAGACGGUGAAGCUGCUACUUGAUAACGGGGCUGAUGUAAAUGCUCUGGGCAAUGCAUCCUGGGGCAGUGCAUUGAAGACGGCUUCAGAGAAGGGCGAGGAGGAUAUGGUGAAGAUGCUGCUUGAUAAUGGGGCUAAUGUCAACGCCCCGAGCGGGAUUCAGCUGGACAGUCCAUUGCGGGCUGCAUCAGAAAACGAUCAUGAAAAUGUGGUGAAAUUACUGCUUGACAAUGGGGCUAAUGUCAACGUCUCGAGCGGGAGUCCCUGGUACAGUCCACUGUGGGCUGCAUCAAAGCGCGGAUAUGAAAACGUGGUGAAGGUGUUGAUAGCAAAAGGAGCUGUGAUGCCAAAGGAAGAAGAAGGCGAUCCGCCUGCGCAGCACUUCCAAGAGAUUGACCCAAUUCCUUCUCCCGCAGGCGCGGAUUGA